AUGUCCAGAGGAUUAAGAGGACAGCUUCAGACACUACUGAAACAGCAGGAGGGGGAGCAGCAGCAGCAGGAGGUGCAGCAGCAGGAGGAGUUGCAGCAGGAGGAGCAGCAGGAGAAGGAGCAGCAGGAGAAGGAGCAGCAGGAGACUGGAGUUGCCCAUCUGAGGAUUGUUCUGCUUGGUCCAGUUGGAGCAGGGAAGAGUGCCACAGGAAAUACCAUCCUUGGGAGAGAGGCCUUUAAAGUGGACUCAUCUCCUGAGUCAGUCACCAAGGCAUGCGAGAAACAGAGUAGGGAGGCAAAUGGGAGGAAGAUUGAAGUGUUGGACACCCCAGGACUCGGCGAGGACAGGAGAAGCGAGAUAGCCAGAUGCAUCAUGGACAAGACAGUCCCGGGUCCCCAUGUGUUCCUGCUGGUGAUUCGGCUGGGGGUAAGGUUGACAGAGGACGAGAGGAACACUGUGAAGUGGAUCCAGCAGACCGUCGGACAAGAUGCCUCAGACUACACCAUGAUAUUAGUCACCUGUGCAGAUUCACUCAGAGAAAACACAGUGGAUGACUACGUGAAACAGAACCAAAACCUACAGACACUCAUCGCCAGCUGUGGAGGCAGAUAUCACUCAUUUAAUAAUGAGGAUAGGGACGCCCACAAUCAGGUCACAGAGCUGCUGGAGAAGAUAGAAGAGAUGGUGGAGGUGAAUAAAGUGGGGCACUACACCAACGAGAUGGACCAGAACGCUCAGAGUGACAUCACAGCCCAGAAGAUAAAGAGCAGGCCGACCCCUCACAGGCCGCUCACCACAGGCAAACCGACCACCACAGGCAACCCGCCCACCACAGGCAACCCGCCCACCACAGGCAACCCGCCCACCACAGGCAACCCGCCCACCACAGGCAACCCGCCCACCACAGGCAACCCGCCCACCACAGGCAACCCGCCCACCACAGGCAAACCGCCCACCACAGGCAACCCGCCCACCACAGGCAAACCCCCACCACAGCCCACCACAGGCAACCCGCCCACCACAGGCAACCCGCCCACCACAGGCAACCCGCCCACCACAGGCAACCCGCCCACCACAGGCAAACCGCCCACCACAGGCAACCCGCCCACCACAGGCAACCCGCCCACCCAGGCAACCACCACAGGCAACUGCACCUCUGAGUGGUCUUUGCUGUUUGGUUGA